AGCGGCGGCGGAGCGUCUCCUCUCCAGCAGCCCAGCACUCAUUUAAAAACCCUGUACCACCGCCCCCUCCAGGCUCCGGUGGCCUAGUCGCCUCUCGGCGGGAAGGUGACUAAACCGGCAACUCCUUCGUCCAGCUUCGACUUUCCAGGGGCUUCCCCCCGGCACCCAGAAAGCCGUGAAGGGGGAGGGGAUAACUAAGUUGGUGACAAUUCUUACUCUAGCUCAGCUAGUCCCCCGGACCCUGGCGGAGGGUGUUGGUACCUAGUCAAGGGAGCUUCGCCUGGAGCUUUGGCGGAGGAGCCCGGAUAGCCCUCCGCCGCCCCUCGCGCCUCCUGUGCCGCCGCGCGCACCAGCUCCACCUCUCUUCACCCCUUUGCUACCCCUCGCCUCCGCCCUUCUCCUGCCGCCACCUCCCCCAUAACUGCAGUAGCACCGCCGCUGCCACUUGGAGAUUGCGGGUUGCAGCAUAUUAAGACAAGAUCAGUUGAACUUGAAAAACUACCAAAGACAGAAGAUACAAAGAAAAGGAAAAAUGCCGAAACCAAUCAAUGUAAGAGUAACCACUAUGGAUGCUGAGCUGGAAUUUGCUAUCCAACCCAAUACAACUGGCAAACAGCUCUUUGACCAGGUAGUGAAAACAGUUGGUCUGCGUGAGGUCUGGUUUUUUGGGCUGCAAUAUGUAGACAGUAAAGGCUAUUCAACUUGGCUUAAGCUAAACAAAAAGGUAACACAACAAGAUGUUAGAAAAGAAAAUCCUCUGCAGUUUAAGUUCCGAGCGAAAUUCUUUCCUGAAGAUGUGUCUGAGGAGCUAAUUCAAGAAAUAACACAGAGACUUUUCUUCUUACAAGUUAAAGAAGCUAUCUUAAAUGAUGAAAUAUAUUGCCCCCCUGAAACUGCUGUUCUUUUGGCUUCUUAUGCUGUCCAAUCUAAAUAUGGAGAUCAUAAUAAAGAGAUUCAUAAACCAGGCUACCUGGCUAAUGACAGACUUCUACCUCAACGAGUAUUGGAACAGCACAAACUGACAAAAGAACAAUGGGAAGAAAGAAUACAAAACUGGCAUGAAGAGCAUAGAGGGAUGUUAAGGGAAGAUUCAAUGAUGGAAUAUCUGAAGAUUGCCCAAGAUCUGGAAAUGUAUGGUGUCAACUAUUUUGAAAUAAAAAAUAAAAAAGGAACUGAAUUAUGGCUAGGUGUUGAUGCUUUAGGCCUGAACAUUUAUGAGCAUGAUGACAAGUUGACACCCAAAAUUGGUUUUCCCUGGAGUGAAAUCAGAAAUAUUUCAUUUAAUGACAAAAAGUUUGCCAUAAAGCCGAUUGACAAAAAGGCACCUGAUUUUGUUUUUUAUGCACCUCGUCUGAGAAUCAAUAAACGGAUUUUGGCUUUGUGCAUGGGAAACCAUGAACUCUACAUGAGAAGAAGAAAGCCUGAUACAAUCGAAGUACAACAGAUGAAGGCUCAGGCUAGAGAAGAGAAACAUCAGAAGCAGUUAGAAAGGGCACAACUAGAAAAUGAAAAAAAGAAAAGGGAAAUAGCAGAAAAAGAAAAAGAGAGAAUAGAACGAGAAAAGGAAGAACUGAUGGAACGUCUAAGACAAAUUGAAGAACAGACGAUGAAAGCUCAGAAAGAACUUGAAGAACAGACUAGAAGAGCCCUAGAAUUGGACCAGGAACGAAAGCGAGCAAAAGAAGAGGCAGAACGGCUGGAGAAGGAACGUCGAGCUGCAGAGGAAGCCAAAGCUGCUCUAGCUAAGCAGGCAGCUGACCAAAUGAAAAAUCAAGAACAGCUAGCAGCAGAACUUGCUGAAUUCACUGCCAAGAUAGCACUUUUAGAAGAAGCCAAGAAGAAAAAAGAAGAGGAAGCUUCAGAAUGGCAACACAAAGCUUUUGCAGCCCAAGAAGAUUUGGAAAAGACCAAAGAAGAAUUGAAAACUGUAAUGUCCGCCCCUCCCCCACCUCCUCCACCACCAGUCAUUCCUCCAACAGAGAAUGAACAUGAUGAACAUGAUGAGAAUAAUGCUGAAGCUAGUGCUGAACUGUCUAAUGAUGGUGUUUUGAACCAUAGAAGUGAGGAAGAACGUGUUACAGAAACACAGAAAAAUGAACGUGUGAAGAAACAAUUACAGGCAUUAAGUUCAGAAUUAGCCCAAGCCAGAGAUGAAACAAAGAAAACACAAAAUGAUGUACUUCAUGCUGAAAAUGUUAAAGCAGGCCGUGAUAAGUACAAGACUCUGCGGCAGAUUCGACAAGGCAAUACAAAACAACGUAUUGAUGAAUUUGAAGCAAUGUGAGAGCUGUUAUUUUUGCAUAUAUAUUCUUCAUAAGUUGAACCACCAACAGAGAAAAGCAGGCCUUUGCAGAUUUGAUGGAUUGCAUCCCACCUUGCCAAAGCACUUAUACCAGUUUGACUGUGAUGGUUAAAAAGACAAAUUUAAGGGAAGCUAUUCAACAUUAAGGCAGUAUGACAUUAUGCUUGGUAUUUGUUUUCUUUUCUCUUUCAUUUUGUCUAAGGAAUGAGGAAGCACGUUUUCUCACCUGUCAUAUUUUUCAUUUUUGUUGUUUUUCCAUUUGAAAAUUAACACUAAAAAUAAUGACUGACAAAUGUUUAUGUAUAAUCCUAGCACUUUGAGAAUUUAAAAAGAUUCUGGCAGUAGGGACUCAUCAAUGUUUAGGUAGGGCAGUCCAUUUUUUCCUUUCCUUUUCACAUUAUUCUUUGAUAUAUUUCAGCAUUCCCUCACUCAUCCAGUCUUCCACCUACCUAUACUUUUCCUUUGAUGCCCAUUACACUUUUUGCUAUUUACAUGUCUGGAGUUAUGCCUUUAUACAAAUAAUUGACCUUAAAUUUUUUAUGAAUGAGAGUAGGUGGCAAGGUGGGGACCCUUGGCCCAAUAUCUAAAGAAUGCAAAUGAAUCAUAUAAAAGAUCAUAUCUGAGUGGUGUGUUGUGCAGCUGUUUAUUUUCUAAACAAUUCAAGUUUAUUCACAUCACUAGGCAUUAGAUAGAUCUUAUUUUUUUAUUAAGUUCUUCUUAUAUAAAUUAUUUGGUUUUCAUGAUGUUUUUCUUCACCUACUAGUUCACAAAGGUCUGGAUAGCAGGUGGUAGUUCUAAAAGAGAACUUAUACAUGGAGAACUACCUGCAAAAUAAAUGGACUACUGAAAGGCUUGAAUAAUAUUGCUUUUCAGAUAUGCCUUACUAAAAAAAAUAAAGAGAUAUGUUUUUACUGAUAAUUUAUUUAAACUGACAAAAACCUGAACCUUUCUGGCAAGAAAGCAUAUGAAAACAUCAGUCCCAAAGCAGGGGGCAGUAUUAUACUACCUCACCACUUUUACAUGAUUACUGGUCUUUCAAAAACCAUAUAAAGUUGACUAUGGAAGCUAUAUGUUUAAUAAUUCAUAGUGAUUUCUUUUAGAUCACAAAGGAGGCUUCCUCAGAAAAAUAUUUCCUUUUUCUUCAGGAGAUUUUGUACUGUUCAUUGCUUAACUGCCUUUUUGUUGAGUCAAAUUGUAAAAGUUUUUGAUUUGUAUUACAAUUGUAAGCUCUUACUGGUAUACUCUUAUUGGAGGGGUGUCGCAUGUUUGUGAGCGGGGAAGGGAGAGAGAGAGAGAGAAAGAGAGAAUGAAUGGAUGGAUGAAUGAAUGAAUGAAUGAAUGAAUGAAUGAAUGAAUGAAUGAAUGGAGGGGAAAUGCUGCCCUUGUUUUAAAUUAAGAAAAUUUAUAGCUUAAUUUCUUGGCACAAUUAUUUCAUAAUCAUCUAGUCAUAUUUAGUAUCUGAAUCAUUAUGCUUGUUUUCCUAAGUUUGUUAAUGAGAAGACAACAACAAAUCAAUUGUUAAUCAUGUUUUAGUGUGUUAUACUUCCAGUUUAUAUUAAUUUUAAUUAUGUCCUACUGAAGUAAUCUUAAAAACUAACAUGGCCUAAAUUGUUUUUCUUCAUUGUAAAGUGCCCAUAUUUGGAGUAAAGGAGGGAAAGAAGCCUUAUUUUCUCUGAGGGUGGUUCAGCUACCUUCCGUUUGGUAUUAUGCACUCAAACUUACAUUUAUCUAUUAAUAUUGCCAUUUUAUUAACCAUUUCUCCAUGCACAGUAAGUUCAAUUUAUAUCUGAAUAGUUCUCUUGUGCUUUCUUUUCUUUUUUUAUGCUCUUUUAAAAGGAAUAAUUUGAGCAGACAUCAUGAUAAGCAAAAGUUGUAUUUAAUAUGUUUUAGCUUUGUGAGAUUAAAGAUAGCUGGUUAACUUUGAGAUGACUAGUAUGCAAAAAUGUGAUUGGUGCACAUGCUUCAAAGCUUUUGCUUUCUGGAAGAGAGCAUUCCUUCAGUGAGAACUGGAAUACUUCAAAGGAACAUUGAUAGAUCCGAAGUUUGGUGCACUGAAGCAUGAGCAUUCAUUACAAUUUUCCAAAGUUUUGCCAUAGCAGGUAAAAUAGUAUAUCUCCAAUGGAUUCUUGAUUUUUUUUCUCCCCUUGAAAUAAAUGCAGCAACAUUGAUUUGUCAGCUUGAUAUCAAUGUUAAAAAAUUACUGGUUAUAGUUGCUUUUCAUAAUCUAUUAUAUAUAGAUUUGAACUGGUUAUAAUUGCUGUUCACAAUCUAUAAUAUUUAGAUUUGAAUUAAAAUGGAUGGAUCUGAUCCAUUUAUGAAACAAAGUGAAUUUUUCUAAAGCAGGAACAACCAUUUGUAAUGUGGGUUUUCAUAAUGAUCAAAGCAGUGCAGCUUCUCAAUCACCAUUGGGAGCACAUGCUCAUGCAGCCAUGUUAAGAAUAUAUUAAUAAUUAUUUGGUAAAAUAAACUUACAUUAUGCUUUUUGCCCUUAGUGAGAGCUUAGCAUCAUGAUCUUGUGUUGUUCAAAUAAACUACAAUUACAUCUACUAUUUUGGAUAACAUUCAUUGGUUAACAAUAAAGAGAUUAAAGUUCA